AUGUCUAGUGCAAACAUUACUCACAUCAUUGAGAUCGGUGUUGGAGUCGAUUUGGUAGAUGCUCUCUUUGAAUUAGCUCGACGUCGAAGGAGAUCUAUUCGAGUCCUUAAUGGAAGAGGAGUGAUUGAGCAAGUCACGCUCCGUCAACCCACAGGGAGAAUCGUAACCCUUCAAGGAAGUUUCAAUAUCAUCUCAAUGGCUGGGACAAUUCUCCCAUCAUCGACGUUGGAGAGUGCACAAGAACUGGACGUUUAUUUAUCAAGCUCUUCAUAUGAGGUGAUUGGAGGGAGUGUGGUGUCCCCUCUUGUGGCUUCACAUCCAUUGGUAUUGACUGUUGUCUUAUACUCAGACAAUGCUUUUUAA